AUGGAAAUAAUGAGGCGUGGUCGAGUUAUUUUACAAAGAAGAUCACUCCCCCACUCGUCUUCGACCUCUGUCGGCGGGACUUCUUCUGCAGAUUCCCGACCUCGUCCUCCUCGCAGAGGAUCUUCUACUGUCCGACCUGCUUCUAUUGCUCGUCCUACUCGUCCCCGAACUACGCGUCCACCCCGGCCUGUCGCCCCUAUUAGUCCCCGGGCCCCACCUACAGCCCGACCAUUCACCCCGACACCUCUUCAGUCUAUUAAUCCUCCCCAACCAACUUAUAUCCCUGGUCGAGGCCUCGGUCGAAGAUUCGCCAAUGUCCCCCAGGACAGCCCUGCCUUCAGAGAAGCUUCUCAAGCAGCCCGUCGGGCCCGCUCUACUAAUGACCGCUUGGAUCGUGAGGCCCCUUCUCCUUCUCGGCGUAGGGCUCGGCUACCCUCUGAAGAUUCUGACUCGGAUGAUCAGCCUUUAGCUCAAAGACUUCGCCGCCAAGCCCCUCAUCCUGUGUUAAAUUCAGGCCCGUCCUCUAUCCCCUCUCCUUCACCUCCUAUGGCGGUCACCUCUCCUCCUUCGCCCCCUAUUGCAACUCUGCCUCCUGUCCCGAGCCAGACAGAUGUUCCGCCUGAUCCCCCCGCAAUUCCAGUUGAGCCUCCCACUGCUCAACCUUCUCCUCCAGCUCAACCUCCUACUCAAUCUUCUACGUCACAGCAGCACCAGAGCACCGAGGCCAGUCCCUCGCGUCGCUCUCUGCCAGCUACCUCACCUCCAGAGCCAUCUCCUGUGCCUCAAUCUGCUCCUUCUAGGUCGGCUGCUGGGCCUUCUAGCUCUGCUGCGAGGCCUUCACAACCGCCACCACCUGUUCCUCUUUAUUAUCGUACCACUGCUCCUUCAAAGGCUAGGCUACAGUCAAGGCGUGACGUUCCCACCAGCUCCUUGACCAUGAAAGGUCGUCUGGCCACCGUGUGGGAAGAAAGCAGGCGUCAGAUGGAACUUUUGCCGCCCCUUGCCCAGAUGGAUAGAUUUUCUGAGCUAUAUAUCAAGGCUAGUCACACUCUGAGGGCUGAAGUAAAAGCUCUAACCAAAAAGAAGAAUAGUCUGGAAGUAUCCUUGACGAUAUCUGACCAAAAGCUUAAGGACCUCAAGGAAGAAAAAAGCCAAGUCGAGGUUGUGCACCAGCAACUCAUGGAUCAGCAAACUUUGGAGCAUCAGCGAGCUAUGGAUCAAUUGGCUCAAAAGUUGCGUGUCGCUGAAACUUUAGCGCAGGAAAAGAAGCUAAAAUCCCAGGAGGCCCAAUUGACAUCUCAAGCAGAAGAACUACUGGCCACCCGAACUGAACUGGCCCAGGCCCGGACUACUGCAGAAGGAGUAUCGACAGCCCUGGCCAUUUAUAAAUAUGGAGAGAAUGACCGCUGUCAACAGAGCCGUGCUCUGUACCUGCGUUCUCCAGAAUUCUGUACACAAGCAGGGCAGCGCUUCUCCACCUUUAUUAUUUAUGGUGCAGCCGAGGCUCUGCGACAACUUUAUGAGCAGGACUACCUGAAAUCAACUCCUCCUCCUGAAUUUUUAGAUCAUGACCGGAUCCUUAAGGAAAGUCCGGAUGAGAUUUUUGCUCCUUUCAAAUGA